AUGUCUAUGUUGAUCAAAGGUUUCAAAUAUAUCAUUCCUUGUCAAAGUCGAUUUUCCAAGACAUCAACCGAUAAUAUCGUUAAACAAAAGUACAUGUCUAUAUCCAGAACUAUACAGCGUUAUCUUGAUGAUCAUGGUGUCGUAGCUCAGGAACUUGACGAUAAAGAAGCCUUUCUAGCGUUGAACCAUCUUCUCCAUGAACUACAAUCGACAUUAUUGCCAUGUAAAUUUAAAAUUCGUUCUCGACAUGAACGUAACAUAGUGAAAAGUAUUCGUCAAAUAUUAUCCACCAGAUCAGAUGUUAUAAUGAGGCGAACGGAGAAAAGCAAAGUAUUAUUUCUUGGUAAUGCUUUAGAAUUUUCAAAUAAAGCAUUAGAAUAUAUGAUAAAAACAGAAGCUUAUCAAGAAUUAAUCCAUGAUGAUUGUCCAUUGCAUGAUAUAUUAAAUGCUGUAACAUCAUUAUUGAUUUAUCUUUUAAAACAUCGAACUAUCAAUCAAUGUCAACAUAAGAGAAUGAAUCCAAAAAGGGAUACAUUGGAAUUGGCUCAUCUCUAUUUCAUACCAAAGCCACAUAAGCCGGAUUGUUCUCUACGGCCAAUUGUCGCAGCAAAUCAUGCACCAACUACAAUGAUGUCUCAAUAUCUCAAUGAUUUAUUAGCACCUAUAUAUCUAUAA